GAGCGCACGUUGGUGGCUCAUGCUGAGAUUUUGAUCCCCCAGCACCCCAAGUCCUUCUCCUCAGGGCUUCUCCCAAUCCUUUCUCCACCCAGCCUGGGUUUGUCCUUGGGAUUGUCCCAACACCCAUGUAGGAUGUUGCCGUUGGCCUUGUUGAACCCUGUGAAGUUCUCACAGCCCCACCUCUCUUUCGGGUGGUUUCACUGCUUUGACAGAACCAUUUUGUCCCUGUGGGGGAUAAAACACUCCUGUACACCAGAGAUGCUCUCCUGUCUCCUUCUCAAGCCCUCGCCGUGGUCAGGAGGCGCAGCUGGAGCCCAGCAGCAACGGAGCAAACCCACUUGCAAUGCAAAUGAUGGGAGAGCAGGAAAUGUCCUGACUCACCAGGGACCAGAAACCACGGUUAAUCUUUAAUGCAGCAGCAGUUUAAAUGCCACCAGUGAACGGGCUGGUGAUCCUUCUGAGACUCAGGAGGAAGGAUGAACAUCACCAGCCCUCAGCGGCACCGAUAGCGAUUUGCUCUCCCGCUGCAGCUCCACAGGGAGCAGGGCUGGGGUUCCCCGUCUCUCUUCAGGGUUGGAUCUCGAGUGGAGUCAGGCCAAAGGUGAACACCGAAGAACCAUGUAUGAGCUCAACGAAAGCAGCUUUGAUCCUAUCACCUUUGUCCUGACGGGCAUCCCAGGAAUGGAGGAGUCCCACAUUUGGAUCUCCGUCCCCUUCUGCCUGAUGUACAUCACUGCGGUGUUUAGCAACUCCAUUGUCCUCUUCGUCAUCAUCACAGAGAGGAGCCUCCAUGAGCCCAUGUACCUCUUCCUCGCCAUGCUGGCCGUUUCUGACCUCAUGCUUUCCACCACAACAGUGCCUAAAAUGCUGGCAAUCUUCUGGUUCAGUGCCAGGGAGAUUUCCUUCGACGCCUGCAUCACACAGAUGUUCUUCACCCAUUUCACCUUCAUCGUGGAGUCAUCCGUUCUACUGGCAAUGGCGUUCGACCGCUACGUGGCCGUCUGCGACCCGUUGAGGUACUCUUCCACCUUGACCCCCUCGGUGAUCGGGAAGAUCGCCAUGGCUGCUGUCAUCCGGGGGUUCUGCAUUAUGUUCCCACCCAUCUUCCUCCUGAAGCGGUUGCCCUACUGCGGCCACAACGUCAUGCCCCACACCUACUGUGAGCACAUGGGCAUCGCCCGCCUGGCCUGCGCCGACAUCAAAGCCAACGUCUGGUACGGGCUGACAACGUCUCUUCUCUCCUCUGGGCUGGACGUCGUGCUCAUCGCUCUCUCCUACGCUCUGAUCCUCAGAGUGGUCUUUCGGCUCCCGUCCACAGAGGCUCGACUCAAAACCCUGAGCACCUGCGGCUCCCACCUCUGCGUGAUCCUCAUGUUCUACGUGCCUGCCUUCUUCUCCUUCCUCACGCAUCGCUUUGGCCGUCACAUCCCAAGUCACGUUCACAUCCUAUUGGCCAACCUCUACGUCGUGGUCCCACCGAUGCUCAACCCCAUUGUGUAUGGGGUGAGGACGAGGCAGAUCCGGGAGCGUGUUGUCCGCCUCUUCUGCUCGGCGGUGGAGUGUCCCUGUUCCUGCUGGGGGAGCGGGUGCUGAGCGAUGCCGGAGGGAAGGUGGACAUGGGACGUGAUCUGGAAGGAGCCACAGUCUUCAGUACAAUGAUGGAGUAGCCCUUCCUGAAGGCUCGGGCUCUGCAGUCCAACCCUCUCAGCAACGUCAGGAGCCAGGAUGCCCUGACCUUGGGUCAGCAGUGAGACCUGAUGGAAGGGCCGGUGUGUUCAUUGCAAUAGCCACAAGACGGAGCAGAUCAUCCAGAUGUUUCUGCAGAACACCUUGUUUUCCUGUCCAAGAGGGCAGAGGACACUCGCCAAGCCCACAGACUGCGCUGCAAAGCCUUUUCAGACUUGCUUGUGGUGAGGAAGCCGCCUAUGGACACAUAGCUGGACCUUGGAGAUGCCUCCUAUGGAGGGGCUGGUGACCCUGGAGAUGCCAGGGAAUGUUUUUUCCUACCUCCAGGCUCCAUAAAAUGCUAUGUUCUUCGUCAGGGCUGAGCACCAGCAGGGUGCUGAGGGCUCCGGUUGGGACUGAUUGAGCCCAACAUCUCUGACGGAGAGCAGGAGCAGUGACCAAGCUCUAGGACCAGGCUUCUUCACAGCUGAAUGAUGCAGGAGAUCACACAAGAGAAGAGAAGGCUCCAGGGAGACCUCAUAGCAGUCUUGCAGGUUGGAAAGGGGCUCCAGAAAAGCUGGGGAGGGGUUCUUGAUCAGGGAGUGCAGGGAUGGGAUGAGAGGAAAUGGUUUUGAGCUGCAAGAGGGGAGAUU